AUGUCUCUUACUGUAAUUGCCAGCGAGAGUGCAUGCGACGUCUCAGAAGGAAAUUCACAAGGGGAUCUCUUUCAGAUUGGUCAGAAAUAUCUGUUUUCUCUUUCCUCGAUUUCUCUAUCAGCAGAAGAGUUGGAAGGUUUGACUAUUGAGGAGGCAAAAGGAGAUGAGAUUACCAACAGGAAAGCUCCAACGGGUGAGCUAGAAUCUGAAACACCAGUUUCAGAGGUCAGUACUUCAGAUUCUCAGGGUGAAAUCGAGGGGAAAUCUGAUUCUCAAUGGCGAGGUUUUCUUCGUAAACUGAAGAAAGGACCAGUGGGUUUCAAUCCAUUCCAUCCUUCGAUGCCAUCUUUCCCUUCUCUACCUUCCAUCAAGAAGAUCUCAAGGAAAAAAAGUAGGAACAUAACGCAAAGUUUACCUUCGCUACCUCCCAAUUUAGAUUCUCAGUUGUGUCAUUGCUUUGAAGCUUCUUGGAAGAAUUUCACUCUCCCAGAGCUCCAAACAGCAACUGACAACUUCAGCCAUGAUAAUUUGAUUGGGGAGGGAGGUUAUUCUGAAGUUUACAAGGGUCACCUGCAAGAUGGAAAACUUGUAGCAAUUAAAAGGCUGACGAGAGGAAGCCCUGAGGAGAUGACAGCAGACUAUUUAUCUGAGCUAGGUAUCUUAGUACAUGUCAACCAUCCGAACAUUGCUAGUGUAAUUGGAUAUGGGGUUGAAGGGGGAAUGCACCUUAUCCUUCCUUUGUCUCCUCAUGGAAGCCUGGCCUCCCUCCUUAAUGGUGAGAAGGAGAAACUAACCUGGGGCUCUAGAUAUAAUAUUGCUGUAGGAAUAGCCUCUGGCCUUGCAUAUCUACACGAAGGAUGUCAAAGGAGAAUAAUUCAUAGAGAUAUUAAGGCUGCUAACGUUCUGCUUACAGAAGAUUUUGAGCCUCAGAUUUCGGAUUUUGGGCUUGCAAAGUGGCUUCCGGAUCAGUGGAGUCACCUGAAUGUAUCACAGUUUGAAGGCACUUUCGGCUACCUUCCUCCUGAGUUUUUCUUGCACGGCACGGUGGACGAGAAAACUGAUGUCUACGCAUUUGGAGUGCUAAUGUUGGAACUCCUAUCUGGACGUCCAGCACUGGAUAAGUCAAAUAACAGUGUCGUGAUGUGGGCUAAACCUUUUCUUAUAAGCAAAAACGUUGAGGGGCUACUGGAUCCAUCACUUGGUGGUGUUUAUGACGCAGAACAGCUGAAUCGCAUAGUUAUGGUUGCUUCUUUGUGCAUACAACAAUCUUCAACAGAACGGCCUCAGAUGAGCCAGGUGGUGAGGAUGUUAAAAGGCGACGAAGGCUUCUUGCAAAGCAAGAAAAAGUUCCAAAAAAGGCCUGCCCUCAGGAGGACAUAUCCUUUGGAGCUGUACACCAUCGACGAAUCAAUGCCAUGUGUGAAUGAUGCAGGCCAACAAAAUGAGGUUGCAGUGGAGCAGUAAAGAUUUGUUCAAUCAAGCAGUGGCACUGCGAGGGCAUUCUUGAAACAGAAGGUUGAAUAGCAUUGUCAUUGCAUGAUUUAAGAUCAUGCAUCAUCAUCUUCUUCUUCUUAUGCCAUGAGAAAAUCCAGCAUAGACUAGACUUUUUCCAGGAGGGUCUGUCUUGAAAAUGCUUUGUACAUACUAUAUAACCAACACGAGGCCGGCUGACAUGUAGAAGGAAAAGCGAUGAGAUUCUUAGAGCUGUAGUAUUUACACUUUUUAUGCUCAAUCCUGUAGAAAAGGAUUACCAGCUUUUACAUCAACCAUAUUUUAGGGAAAAUGAUUGUAAUAGUAGAAUACAGAA